AUGGGAGGCAGAGAGGAGGUAAUGGUGAGCAGUCUCGGGUCCACCAUGCAGUUUCCCCGCGCCAGGCUGAACCGUUUCAGGCUCCGUCCAGCACAUAGCCCAGCGAGGAUCAGGCACCUGAAGCCACCCACCCUCACAAAAAAAACCAGAGACCCCAGCCCCACCGAGAUGAGCGUGGAGCCCUGGACCAGCCCGCAGGACCAGGCAGCCGCUGAACACAGCACGCACGCAGCGUCUUCCCAGGAUCAGGAGCAGCACCCCGACAAACUCUGCCUGGACUCAUUCUGGAGUGAGGUAGAGACCAUCCGACAGGGGAGUGGCUACGCAGACCUCGACUGCAGCAGGAGAGAUUCUAGACAGUCAGAAGAGGGUGAACAGGAGGAGCAGUGGCUGGCUGAUGCCGGUUUGUCGAACCUCAUCAGCGAGGACAGCGAGGAUGUAGACAAUGCAGUGCUGCUGUCUACUUUGACACGGACUCAGGCUGAGGCUGUCCAGCGUCGAUUGGAUUCUUACACAUUGUCCCUCCGCAAGAGGAACAAACCAGCACCCCGCGACGUUCGCGACAUCUUCAACUCCCCCAUCUCUCAGACCCUUCUGCCUGAGUCUCAGCGUAGUGAAGACCUUGCCCAAAACAGUAUGGCAUCGGUUGCCAAAUCUCCACUAUCAGCUGUGACCCCAGAGCAUCAGCGAUGCGCUCCAAAGGAAGAGUUCUUCAUCACCGAUGUGGCUUACUGUGAACAGGCUGUCAUCUUCCUCAAACAGGCCAAACUACCACAGAACAACAGCCAACGCAAGAAAGAGGAUGGCACCCUGCCUCGGGUGAUCUGCCCCAAGUGCCGUCUAGGAGUGACUCGUAUCCAAGAUCUCUCCCACGCUGACAUGAAGAAGGUGCGUCAGCUGGCUCUCAUCGACAUGACGGCGCUGUGCGACCUCUUAGAGCUGGAGGUCAAAAGGCACAAAACCAGCAAGAGAAAAAUCCCAGAGAGCACACUCUUCGGGGUGCCACUGGCCGCACUGCUGGAGAACGACCAGAAAGUGAGGCCCAACACAUCGACUCCUCUCUUCCUGCAGGCGUUGUUGACGUUUUUGGAGAAGAAAGGAGUUGAUUCGGAGGGGAUCCUGCGGGUUCCAGGGUCACAGUCCAGAAUAAAGAUGUUACAGCAGAACUUAGAGAGCAACUUCUACGCAGGGCACAUCAGCUGGGAUGACGUGAGUCCAAACGACGCUGCUGCUCUGCUCAAGAAGUUCAUCCGGGAGCUUCCUGCUCCUCUGCUCACCGCCGAGUACCUCAACACCUUCAGCGCCGUCAGAGACAUCACAGAGCUGAAGCAGAAACUCCACAUGUUAAACCUGCUCAUCCUGCUGCUACCUGAGCCCAACAGGAGUACACUGAAGGCCCUCCUCGAGUUCCUCAGUAAGGUGGUUUCCAGAGAGAAGAGGAACAGGAUGAACCUGUGGGCUGUAGCAACCAUCAUGGCUCCCAACCUCUUCCUCCACAAGGCCGUUCCCAGCAGACUGACAGAGGGGGCAGAAAAAGGACAUGCAGAGAAGGCAGCUGAUGUUAUGAGACUCCUCAUCCGCUACCAGGACCUGCUCUGGACGAUCCCUAAUUUCCUCAUGGGUCAGGUUCGUAAGCUGAACGAGAACAGUAACCGUCGUUACCAGUUCUAUGAUCGCCGCAUCAAGAACCUGCUGAGGAAGAUCCACACAGACAGCCGGGAAAAACCUGAUAAAAACACCUCCGAGCCGUGCCGUACAGUGAAGAUCCACGUCGGGGAUCUGAUGAGCAGCACCAUGGAGUUCCAACUAAAUGUAAACUCCAGAGUGUCAGACCUGCUCGCCCAGUUUCAUCGCCAGUUCCUCCGCAGCCCGGACAACGGAAAGGGCAAAAUGCGAAGAAAUGGUUCUGUGGCCUUCCCAGACUGUUCCCUGUAUGAGGUCGGAGGAAAUAUCGGUGAGCACUGCCUGGAUCCAGACACACACCUUCUCGAUUUGUACAACAGCAACUCUGGAGGAGAGUGGGUCAUCAAACUGAAACCCAAUGGUGGCAGAGGGCUGUGA